AUGGCUGAAGAAACGAAGAAGACGACUGAUCCUGAGGCGCCGUGCGCAGCCGAGGAGGCCGUAGUGCCCGAAUUUCCGGUAACGGAGAAAAGGGACGCGCCGCCUGAGCCGGAGAAGGUCGAGAAAGCGGCGGAUGCGGCGGGCGAAGCGGAGAAAUCCGCGGAGGAGGAGAAGGAGGCGGACGGACCUUCUAAAGAGGCUAAAAUCUCCGAAUCUGCUUCCUUCAAGGAGGAAACUAACAAAACCGACGAGUUAAUCGACCCGGAGAAGAAGGCACUGGACGAAUUCAAGGUUCUGAUCCAGGAGGCGCUCAGCAAGCGCGAGUUCACCGCCCCGCCGCCGUCGCCGGCGGCCUCCGUCCAGGAGGAGGAGAAAAAGGAGGAGCCGAAGGCGGAGGAGAAAAAAUUAGAAGAAGUAGAGCCUAAGACCGAAGAGAAAAAAGACGACGCCCCAGAAACCGAAGCUUGCGAGGAAACUCCGCCGGCGGCGGCGGAGCCGGCGAAAGAGGAGGAGCCGAAGAAGAAAGCCGAGAAGUCCGAAGAGAAAGCGGAGGCCGCAGAGGAAGUCAAAGAAACCAUCGUCCACGAGGUCUCCUCCCCUGCUCCGCCGUGCAACGAGCCCGCCGCCGAGCUGGACGCGGAGAAGGUGGAGGAGGCUCAGCCGGAGCCGGAGGAGGUCUCCAUCUGGGGAGUCCGCCUCCUCGCCGACGAGAAGAGCGACGCUAUCCUCCUGAAAUUCCUUAGGGCGAGGGACUUCAAGGUGAAGGAGGCUUUAGCCAUGCUCAAAAGCGUGGUGGCGUGGCGGAAGGAGUUCGAAAUCGAGAAGCUUCUCGAUGAUGAGGAAAAUAUCAUCGAGGGUCUCGAAAAGGUUGUGUAUAUGCAUGGUGUUGAUAAAGAAGGGCACCCUGUUUGUUACAACGCUCUUGGUGAGUUUCAGAACAAGGAAUUGUAUGGUAGCACCUUUGCUGAUGCUGAGAAGAGGGCCAAAUUCUUGAAAUGGUAUAUUCAGUUCUUGGAGAAGAACAUAAGGAAACUCGAUUUCGGCGCGGAUGGGAUUUGCACUAUUGUUCAGAUAAUCGAUCUGAAAAACUCACCUGGGCUCAGCUUGUUCAAGAAGGAGCUUCGCCAAGCUACUAACCAGGCUCUUCAGCUGCUUCAGGAUAAUUAUCCUGAAUUUGUUGCCAAACAGGUGUUCGUAAAUGUUCCAUGGUGGUAUCUGGCUUACAAUAGAAUGAUCAGCCCAUUCUUAACCCAAAGAACCAAGAGCAAGUUUGAGUUUGCAGGCUCUACCAAGACUGUCGAAACUCUCUUCAAAUACAUAGCACCCGAGCAAUUGCCAGUUCAAUAUGGUGGCCUUAGCAAACAUGAAGAUCAAGAAUUCACCACUGCUGACCUUUCUAUUGAGGAAAUAAUUAAGCCAACUUGCAAACACACCAUUGAAAUCCCGGUUACUGAGGCUGGUACAUUGGUUUGGGAGGUUAGAGUUGUGGGGUGGGAAGUUUCGUAUGGAGCUGAAUUUCUACCAAGUGCCGAGGGUGGAUACACUUUGAUUGUACAAAAGGCUCGGAAAAUUUACCCGGCUGAUGAACAAGUUAUAAACUGCAGCUUCAAGACAGGUGAAGCUGGCAAAGUCAUCCUCACAUUCGACAAUCAAACCUCUAAAAAGAAGAAGCUUCUCUAUCGGUCCAAGGUCAAGCCCUCUGAAUGAAAAUAAAAAAUGAAGAAGAAUAAAUAAGGGUUCUUUUGUUCAUCAACACAUCAUUUUUCUUUUCUUUUUUUUAAAAAAUGUUUGGUAUUUAUUAAAGUUAGUUUUUAGUUAAAAGGUUUGGGGGGAGUUUGGUUAUUUCACAUUGGUUUGUUGUUUUUCAUGAAUUUUUGAAGUUUUUGUGGUUUGGUAUUUGUUUGAAGGUUCUCGCACUGAACAAUUGGGAAUACAUGUUGGAUAAAAAAAUUGUUAUUUUUCUUUUUAGAGUGUGAAAAAAUGUGUGUAAAAUUAUGUUUAAGUUUGAUUUGUUCUGUGAUUGCUCUAGUUUCCAUAAUGUAAAUCAUGUUGUGUAUUGAAGAUGAUUUAUUCAUACUCUUAUGACUUGUUGGUUUUCUCUCUGGAAUUACAUUGUGGGAGUUACCAAAUCUGCCAAAUUCUUGCAUGUGUGUCUAAUUUCAUUGCAAAAGUUUG